AUGGCCCAUGUUGCCGCCGCCGCUCUCUUCCGUCCCGCCGAGUGGGAGCGCCAGUCGCAAGUCCUCAUGGCCUGGCCCUCGGCGCAGAACGACGCGUACCAAGGCGCCGCGCACGACCUCAAGCGCGCCACCGAGGACGUGUCCAUGAUCGCCGAGGCCGUCUCCUCCUUUGAGCCCGUCACUCUCCUCGUCACCCCGGACCGGAUCUCUGAAGCCGAGGAGCGCCUCGGCCACAACCCGACCAACAUCAGCAUCCAGCCCGUGGACAACUAUCCCAAGCUGGACCUCUGGAUGCGCGACAUGGCGCCGACGUUCGUCCUCGACACCGACGGCGGCGCGCGGGAGCUCGCCGGCGUCGACUUCAACUUCAACGGCUGGGGGGAAAAGUACCCCGUGGGCCAGUGCCUCUCGCUCGCUGCUAUUAACCUGGCCGCCAUGGGGCUUCCCCGCGUGUGCUCCCCGCUCGUCGCCGAGGGCGGCUCCCUUGAGGUCGACGGCGAGGGCACCGUGAUGCUCACGGAAAGCUCCGUGCUCAACGACAACCGCAACCCAGGAUGGUCCCGCGCGGACGUCGAGGCCGAGCUGCGGCGCACCCUCGGCGUCACCGUGGUCCUCUGGGUGCCCGGCCGCAAGGGGCUCGAGGUCACCGACGGCCACAUCGACGGGCUCGCGCGCUUCGUGGCGCCGGGACACGUCCUCCUCAGCCGCCCGAGCGAGCUCGACGACGGGGUGUGGACCAAGAUCUACGAGGAGGCUCGCGAUAUCCUACACGACGCCACCGACGCCAAGGGCCGCCGGCUGCAGGUCACCGAGGUUGCGGAGGCGGACGUGCGCUCCAUGGGUCUUGGUGAGGAGGCGCUCGCGGAUAUCGAGUCGGGCAGGGAGGACGCGCCCGCUCUGACGUACGUCAACUACCUGCUUGUGAAUGGCGGCGUCAUCUUUCCUCAGUUUGGAGAUGAGAAGGCGGACGCGGCGGCCUUGAAGACCAUUCAAGGCCUGUACAAGAACCGUGUCGUGGAAACAGUCUUGGCGCGCGAGCUUCCCUUCCUUGGCGGAGGUAUUCACUGCUCGACUCAAGAAGUUCCUUACUUUCUGUAG